AAUACUAAUACUAAUACUAAUAUUAAUACUACAGAACUAUAACCUUCCGCAAAUACAUAUAUAGCUCGAAUGUUAGUGACUUUCAGUUCAAAGUCAAAGAAGCAAAAUAUAAAUAAGGAUAUAGUACGAUCAGACUCACAUCUGAAAAUUAAUUCAACUUCAACUACAACUACAACUUCAACUGCAACUUCAUCUUCAUCACCAUUAGAAAAUUCAUCCUUACCAUCUUCUGAUAUUAAAUCUAAUACUAAUAGAAUAUCAAAACCAACUACCAAAAAUAAUAAUAAUAAUGUUAAUAUUAAAAAAAGAGAAUUUCCUAUAGAAUCAGUGUUUGACCCCGCAAACUCACCUUCAUCAUCAAUUAAUUCAUCAUUUAAAGUAAUUAAUAGUUCAACUGAUUUAUUUUCAUUUAAAAAUUCAAAACGAUCACGGGAUGGUUGUUUAACGUGUAAAAUUAGAAAGAAGAAAUGUGAUGAAAUUAAACCAAUAUGUUCAGCAUGUUUAAGACUUAAAAAGGAAUGUUUUUGGAUUGAUUCUCAAAUGUCCGAAGAUCAAAUUCGUCAACUUAAAAGUAAAGUCAUAGCUGAAGAGAGUAAUAAUAAAUUGAGAAAGAGAAAAUCAAAGUCAUCAUCAAAUAAUAUAUAUAAUAAUGAUAUUGUAAGAGAAUCUAUAUCUUCUUACUCACCAGCUCCAGUUCCAGUUCCAGUUCAUGAUUCAACAAACAUACAACAUCCGAUUCCAUUAUCAAAUUCAAAUUCAGAUACACGACAACAUCAUCCAAUGAUAGUGUCUACCUCCUCAAUAUCAUCCGUAGAAUCAAAGUCUCCUGAUGAUUUAUAUUCUUCAGUUAGAAUAAAUCCAUCUCCGUCCAAUUAUAUAACGUCAAACAAUUCUCCUGGGAAUAUCGAUCAUUUAUAUCAAUUUGAAACUCAUAUUCAUGAUAGAGGUAUUCUGAUAACUAAAGUGCCUCCCUCUAGUAGUAAUGUGAAUUCUCCAUCUGUUAUUCCUGAAAGUCCGAAAUUGUUUCAAUACAACAGUUCAGAUUUAAGAUCAACAAUAUCACCAACUGCCAGGCAUAUAAAUGGUACUACUCGUAGACCAAGCAAUAUCAUUAGUACUAGUAAUAACAACAAUAACAACAAUAACAACACCAAUAAUAAUAAUACUAACAAUUUACUUGGUAAUUAUGCAUUGCUGCCUAAUUCUCCAACUAUCAAAAGUUUAAUGAAUCCAUUAAUUCAACAAGAAAGGAAGAUUGAAAAUGAAGCAAAGGCUCAAGAACAUAAUAAUCAACAUAAAGAUUGUUCUCCUCCUCCCUUAGACUUAGAUUCUAGUCGAUCACCUCCUCCAUUAUCACCAACUGGUUUCUUAAAUUUUAUUCGUGAUUUAAGUGGAAACAAUCAUAUCAGUAUCCCAAAUGAUGAUCCUUCCAAUAAGAUAACGUUACUUAAUGAUGAAAACAGUAACAAUAAUGAUGAUAAUGAAAAUAACGAUAACGAUAACAAUGAUAAUAAUAAUGAUGAUGAUGAUGAUAAUAAUGUAAGAGAUAUUAAUUCCACAACUCCUUCUGAAUUUAAAGAUUUGAUAAUAAAUUCUCUGAAUUUUUCAUCUGUAAUGGAAUCAAUGGGAUUUGGAGGUAUGAAUAAUGAUACUUAUGGAUUAAGUCCAUCUCAAAGUAGUACUAAUCUUCAUGGACUUUCACCUUCUAAUUACAGUAAUUUAAUAUCGAAUUUAGCUUCAAUAUUAACUCCAAGUCCAAAAUAUAAUCCCUCUCAUUUACCUGAAUUAUCAGAUGCAAGUAGUUCAUAUCUAUAUAAUUAUUAUGUUGAUGUAUUAUCACGUAAGAUUUCAAUAGCUCCAGUUUCUCAAAAUGAUUCUAAUUCAUAUCAAAAAGUAUUUUUACCUUUAGCUCAUAAAGAUAAAGGAGUUCUUUAUGGAAUUUUAGCAUGGGCUGGAUUUUAUUUAGGAGGUUCAUGGGCAGAAGAAGGAGUUAAAUAUGUUAAUCUUGCUUUAGAACAUCUUAGUGGAUCAUUAGAUAAAGAAGAAAAAUCAUCACUUAUAAGACAUUAUCAUGAUGAUAGACAAUCAAUAAUAAAUAAAUUAGCAACAUUAUUAAUUUUAUGUGGAGCAGAAAUUUGUAAAGGAGAUGUUAAAUAUUGGUCAGUUUAUUUAAGAUGGGGAUGGAAAAUUUUAAGUUCAAAUGGAGGAAUUUUAAAUUUUAAUAAUCUGAAGGAAGAACAUUGGUUAAUUUCAAAUUUUGCUUAUCAUGAUUUAUUGGCUAGUUCAUCAAGUGAAAGAGGUACAUAUUUUACUUCAAAAGAAUAUGAUACAAUUUUUCUUGAUAAAGAAGGUCAUUCAAGAGGUAAUUUAAAUCCUUUAUUAGGAGUUUCUAAAAAGCUUUAUCGAAUUAUUGGUGAUAUUAGUACAUUAGUAUAUGAAACUAAAAAGACAUUAAAUCUGUAUUAUAAACGAGAUUCACCAAAUGAAUUUGAUAUUUCUGAUUCACCUGCUAGUCCAACAUUACUGCUUGAUAUUGAUAAUGAUUCUGAUACUAGUGAACAUGGAAAAGUUAGUAUAAUGCUUCAUACAAUUGUAGAAAAGGCUCAUAAUUUAGAACAAGAAAUUGAUAAUGCUAGACCAACAACUACUGAUUUAGAAGGUUUAACUGAUGAAGAAUUAGAAUUACAAUUAACAUUAUUUGAAGCAUUUCAAUUAAGUGCUAAAUUAUUUCUUAAACAAGCCAUUAUGAAAUGCAAUCCAUCAAUGCUUGAAUGUCAAAUUCUUAAUAAUGAUUUAUUAAAAUGUAUUGAUAUAUUAUUAGAUUCUCCUGUACAAGCAUCACUUGUAUUUCCUAUUUUUAUUUCAGGAAUUCAUUGUGUUUCUAAACUUGAUCGAGAUAUUAUGAAGGAAAGAGUUGAAAAUUUUAUUAAAUUAUAUGGUCCUUGGAAUGUUAGAAGAGCUAAAUAUUUAAUGGAGAAGGUAUGGCAAAAUAAUAAAGAUGGUAAUAUGGUAGUAGAUUGGCAUUCUAUUUUACGAGAAUUAGAUUGGGAUAUUAAUUUUGCUUAGACUACAAUUGAUUAGUUUAGUUAACUAAUUAAAUAAUUAUUUAUUAUAUAUGUAUAGUUUAAUUAAAUUAAUAAUUUAUA